AUGAUUAAUACUACACACCCACAAGAAACGAUUCUGGUAACGGGUGGGGCGGGGUUCAUCGGAUCCCACACGGUGGUUCAGCUUCUGAAGCAGGGCUUUAAGGUAUUCGUAAUCGACAAUCUUCACAAUUCCGUCAUCGAAGCUGUCCAUAGGAUUCGCCAUUUGGUGGGUCCUCACCGUUCAAACAAUCUCCACUUCUUCCAUGGUGAUCUCCGCAAUAACCAUGAUUUGGACAAACUCUUCUCUCUAACCGAAUUCGAUGCGGUGAUCCACUUUGCGGGUCUGAAAGCUGUUGGAGAAAGUGUCGCUAAGCCCCGCCGAUAUUUUGAUAACAAUUUGGUUGGCACUAUCAAUCUUUAUCAAGUUAUGGCUAAAUUCAACUGUAAAAAGAUGGUUUUCUCAUCAUCUUCAACUGUUUAUGGCCAACCUGAUCAAAUUCCCUGCGUUGAGGACUCCAAGUUACACGCCAUGAAUCCUUAUGGACGAACCAAGCUUUACCUUGAAGAAAUGGCCCGAGAUAUUCACGAGGCUGAGCCAGAAUGGAGGAUCAUUAUGCUCAGAUAUUUCAACCCAGUUGGGGCCCACGAGAGUGGUCAGAUUGGCGAAGAUCCUAAGGGCAUCCCAAAUAACCUCAUGCCUUACAUACAGCAAGUAGCUGUUGCCAGAUUGCCUCACCUCAAUGUUUAUGGUCAUGAUUAUCCCACUAAAGAUGGCACUGCGAUCCGGGACUAUAUCCAUGUAAUGGACUUGGCAGAUGGUCACAUUGCUGCCCUACGAAAGCUUUUUGCAACUGACAACAUUGGUUGUACUGCCUACAACUUGGGAACUGGUCGUGGUACAUCAGUGCUUGAAAUGGUUGCUGCAUUUGAAAAAGCUUCGGGCAAGAAAAUUCCAAUAAAUAUGUGUCCAAGGAGGCCAGGAGAUGCCACUUCUGUUUAUGCAUCUACAGAGAAGGCUGAGAGAGAACUUGGUUGGAAGGCAAAAUACGGUGUAGAUGAGAUGUGCAGGGACCAAUGGAAGUGGGCAAGCAACAAUCCAUGGGGGUACCAGGGGAAGCAUUAA